GUGUGUCCGAUGUGUUUACUUCUUUAGUCUUUUAUUUCUGUUUUUCAUUUUAACCUAAAAUUUUUGGAGACACGGGAGAAUCAUUUUUUCAUUUAUUCCUCAUCCAUAAAUACAGUCAGAUGGGUCAUAUUUCAUCCACGACAAUGAUAAAAAGCCUUACAAUUUCGGUUCUGGUUUUGUCAGCACAAGGAUUAUUGUUUUCCGAACCAAAGGAAGUCUGUUAUGCAAGGAUCGGGUGUUUCAGCAACGCAAGGCCAUUUGACAACACCAAGGGGACGCUUCCAGAUUCCCCGGAAAAGAUUCAGCCAACCUUUAUGCUCUACACGAGAAAAAACAAAAACACUGCCGAGAUCCUAAAUCCGUACGACUCCGACACCAUUUCAGAGUCUAAUUUUACAGCAAGUAGACCUACAGUUUUUAUCACACAUGGAUUUAGAGAUACUGCGACGACUGGAUGGCCUGUUACUAUGAAGGAUGCUUUUCUUUUAAAGGGUGACAUGAAUGUAAUACUUGUUGACUGGUCCAAAGGAACAAAAGGUAUUAACUACGUGAAGUCUGCAGCAAACACAAGGGUGGUAGGAGCUACUAUAGGUAAUAUGGUGAAAGCCUUGAAAGACACGGCGAACUCACAGCUUAACCAGGUUCACUUAGUUGGACACAGUCUUGGAGCCCAGAUUAUGGGGUAUGCCGGGGACUGGACAAGUACUAAUAUAAGGAUCGGACGAGUCGGAAGAAUAACGGGUCUAGACCCAGCUGGUUUAUAUUUUGAAAGAUUUGACAACAAAGUGAAACUAGAUCCAUCUGACGCAAUGUUUGUUGACGUCAUUCACACGAACGCCGCCUCUCUUUUAAAAAUGGGUUUUGGAAUCAGGACACCCAAUGGACAUGUCGACUUCUAUCCAAAUGGGGGCCGAAGCCAACCUGGUUGCGACGUGCUUCAGGCAGGAUGCAGUCAUAUGAGGGCCAUUCCCUACUUCACAGAGUCUAUCAACUCCUCUUGCCAAUUUAAGGCUUUUAAGUGUACAGAUUAUGAUGCAUUCUUAAAUGGAAAAUGCACUUCUUGCAGCACUGGCUGCAACAGAAUGGGUUACCAUGCCAGUAAAAAUACACAAGGGAAAUUUUAUCUGCAAACGAACUCUAAGAGUCCCUUCUGUAAAAGUCAGUGAUAAAUACUGCAAGAUGAAUGUUGUAAAAACUGAGGACUGUAUCAUAAUGCACAAGAAUUUGAGAAAAAAAAUUAUCAAUGAAAUGAAUCAUGAUGGCUUUAUUAGGUUAAUUAAUGGUGAUAUUAAAACAUACCACCAAUAACGGUAACACGACCUCCAAACGUUCUGUGAAGUUUAUUUAGUGAGUGAUGUCUAUCGUGUUAUUGUCUGAUUAUGGAAUUGUAUAUUCCGAAUUAAUUAUAAAAAGAACUGAUAUAGAGAAAAAUGAUAUUAUAUAUACAAAUGUAUGUUGAUAACUUAUAAGAUAAUAAAAAAAAG